AUGGGCUCAAUCGCACCCGCCGUUAUCCGCGCCCCCGAAACCCCCUACUUCACCCCCGCCAACCACGAUGUCGGCGCCGCCCUCAACCCGAACGACCCCUCCACCCCCACCCUUUUCCGCCCCCUAACCAUCCGCGGCGUCACCCUCAAGAACCGCAUCGCCGUCUCCCCUAUGUGCAUGUACUCCGCCGAGUCCGACCCCGCCGCCCCGGACGUCGGCGCCCUAACCGACUACCACCUCGCCCACCUCGGCCAAUUCGCCCUCAAAGGAGCCGGCCUCGUCUUCGUCGAGGCACAGGGCGUCGAGCCCCGCGGCCGCAUCUCUCCCAACGACGCCGGCCUCUGGCAGCACGACACCGACAGCCCCCAAUUCCGCUCUCUCCAGCGCGUCGUCCACUUUUGCCGCAGUCAGGGCGCCCACGUCGGCAUCCAGAUCGCCCACGCCGGCCGCAAAGCCAGCGUCACCGCCCCCUGGGUCGCCCGCCAGGCCGGCCGCCCCAGCCUGCGCGCCGAGGCCGCCGUCGGUGGCUGGCCUGACGACGUGAUCGGCCCUUCCGGCGGCGACGACCACCGCUGGGAUGCCGAGGGCGACUACUGGACCCCGCGCGCCGCGACCGUAGCGGAGAUCCAGGGCAUCGUGCGUGCCUUCGCCGACAGCGCCGCCUGCGGAGUCCGCGCGGGUGUUGAGGUCGUCGAGAUCCACGCCGCCCACGGGUACCUCCUGCACCAGUUCCUCAGCCCCGUCACGAACCGUCGCACGGACGACUACGGUGGCAGCUUUGAGAACCGCAUCCGACUGCUGCGCGAGGUGGUCGUCGCCGUGCGGGCGGCUGUGCCGGAGCAGACAGCCGUGUUUGUGCGCAUCAGCGCCACCGAGUGGCUCGAGGGCCAGCCUGUGGAGACUGAAGCCGGCGGCAGCUGGGACGUCGCCAGCUCCGAGCGGCUGGUGCCCAUCCUGGCGGAUCUGGGCGUGGACCUGGUCGAUGUCAGCUCGGGUGGGAACCACCGCGACCAGCGCAUCCCGCACGGCUCGGUCUCGUACCAGACGGACCUGGCUGGGCGGCUGCGGCGCACACUGCGCGCGACGGGCCGAUCGACGCGGAUCGGGGCGGUGGGCUUUAUCACGGGGGCGGACCAGGCGCGGGGCCUCGUUGAGGGCUCCGACGAGGCGGAACGGGCGGCGGCCACAGUGGCCGGGGCGGACCCGGCGGCGGACGUGGUGCUCCUCGGGCGGCAGUUCCUGCGCGAGCCCGAAUGGGUGAUGCUUACGGCGCAGCGGCUCGGGGUGAAGGUGGGCUCGCCGAAGCAGUUCUGGCGGGCGGGAGGGGCAUUUGACUAG